AGAGGUUUCUUCUUAUUCACCUUCAAUCAUGGCAACUUCUUCGUUGUUCCGCAGCAUUCGAAGAGCUUCCUCUGUUCUCAGAUUUUCGUGCGGUUCUUCGUUUUCGGUCUCUCCCAGUUGGGAGGACCCAAAUGUCUAUCUGCUCUCCAUUCAGGCACUCUAUUCCACUCUCAGAGCAAAGUUCUUGGUGGGGUUUCAGGAAGUUGAGUUAUGGCACUGUUAACCUUGUGAUAGAGGGAGGGAAGACCAAGUUUGAUAUUCAGGAGGCUGAGCCUCCAAAGAAAGACAAGUGGAAGACCAAGAAGAGGCUGAAGAUGCAGAGGAAGAGAGAGAAGGAGAAGAGGAGAGCAGCAAAUAGGAAAGACCCCCGUCGACUUGGAGUCAAAGGGAAGAAGAAGAAUCAGAAGUUUGACAAUGCGGAAGAGAGAAUAAAGUACAAGCUUGAAAAAGCCAGAAUUAAGGAAGCAUUGCUCAUUGAAAGAAUCAAACGAUAUGAAGUUCCAAAGCUUCAGGGUCCUGUUGUAAAACCUGAUGGCUUGACAGGGGAGGAACGGUUUUAUUUGAAGAAAAUGGCUCAGAAGAGGUCUAAUUAUCUACAAGUUGGCAAAAGAGGAUUAUUUGGAGGGGUUAUUCUUAAUAUGCAUAUGCAUUGGAAGAAACACGAGACUGUUAAGGUCAUAUGCAAGCCUUGUAAACCUGGUCAAGUGCAUGAGUAUGCACAAGAACUUGCCAGAUUGAGUGGCGGUAUUCCAAUUCAAAUAAUUGGAGAUGACACUAUAAUAUUUUAUCGUGGAAAGAACUAUGAACAGCCUGAGGUCAUGUCACCAAUAGAUACAUUAUCCAAGAAAAAGGCACUUGAAAAAUCCAAGUAUGAGCAAUCACUUGAGUCAGUGAGGCGCUUCAUUGCUAUUGCUGAGAAAGAACUAGAGCUAUAUUACAGGCACAUUGCACUUUAUGGUGACCCAAACAACCGUAAUCCCUUAUCAAUGCUGGACAACCACUCAAGGGAAAGAGGAAUUCAUGAUGAGAAAAACCCUGAUUUGAGUAGUGAUUAUUUUUCAUCCGAUCUUUCAGAGACAGAAGCAGAUUCCAUGGAGAUGGAGCUAUCAGAAACUGAAGAUAAUUUUGAAGAUGAAAACUUGUUAAUGAAUGAAUCGGAUUCUGAAGAGGACUGCGUAUUGGAUUCCAAUGAUGAUAAAGAAAGAGAGGUAUAUUUUACUAAAAUGCAAGAUCAAAGUGUAAGUUCAUCCACAGGUUCAUCAUCAAUAUCUAAACAUAGCCACCAUUAUUAUAAUCAAUGUUUAUUUUCCGAACAAAUACCAAUCACUAGAGAAUAGGGAUUGAAUAUAUAUAUUGUUUAUCACCUUGAGUAAACCAAAUA